CGUCAAAGUCAAAUGGUGGUCAAAUGAUCAAAUCACAAACCAGUCAAAUUACAUUGUAAUUUCUGGUUAUUUGUUUAUAUUCUGAUUUCAAAGCAAAACAAUUUUCUAAUUAUUAAAUUAUAAACAAAAUAAAAUCAUGACUGUGAACAAUACCAUUGCUCAUCAACGUUUGAUUCUCAGUGGGGAUCGCGAAAGGUUUAAAGAACUUUUAAGACGGAGGCUAAUUGAAUGUGGGUGGAGGGACCAAAUUAGAAUGGUGUGUCGUGAAAUAGUAAAGGAACAUGAUGCAAACACUAUAACUCUUGAUAUGCUGGUGGCAAGAGUAACUCCUCGAGCUAGAGCCUUAGUACCAGACCCUGUUAAAAAAGAAUUGCUCCAGAAGAUUAAAACUCAUCUUUUAACUCAAAAAAACCUGUAAAUUUAUUACUUGUAUUCAUAUCCAAAUCCUAAACGUGACUUGCUUCAUGUUUUUUGGUUUAAUUUUAAUCACUAAAUUAUACAU